AUGAAAAAGAAGCGCUCUCCUGCUUUAACAACUGCACACAAAGAUUUACGAUUAAUCUGGGCCAAAGAUCAUAUGACCUGGAAUAACGAAUGGCAUAAAGUUGUUUGGUCGGACGAGAAGAAAUUUAAUUUGGAUGGUCCUGAUGGUUUUUCUUACUAUUGGCAUGAUCUACGUAAAGAAGAAGAGAUAUUUUCAACGCGUGCUCAAGGUGGUGGCAGUGUUAUGACUUGGGCAUCGUUUGGCUGGGGUGGUAAAAGUUCAAUAUGCUUCAUAAAUGGGCGAAUGAAUUCAAAUGGAUAUCGAGAAGUACUAAAAAAUCAUCUAGUUGACAUUGGCAAUACUAUUGGAGGAUCUAAUUGGAUUUUUCAACAAGAUAAUGCGCCGGUUCACCGGGCAAAAGUCAAUCUUGCUUGGUUCAAGUCGCAAAAAAUUAAUGUUUUACCGUGGCCAUCAUUAUCUCCCGACUUAAACCCCAUCGAAAAUCUGUGGGGAAUAUUAUCAAGGAAGGAAGCAAAAAAAUUUAAAAUAGCUUUUCUUAUACAGUUUGAUGAGCUCUAUCCAACCGUAUAUAAAUCGUUGAAAAAGCAUGUUUUCUCAAAUUUUGAAUUUCCAUCGUCUUAUCAAUCAACUGUAAUUACAGGUUCAUUCAAAUAUCCAAAAUACGGAAUGACUAAUAUAUGGAAUUUCGGGUAAGUUCCAUUUCCUGAAAUUUAAUCUAUUUCGUUCUUUUUUAUUAUAGGUUGACCAAUAUAUAGAAUUUGAGAACGUUUAAUGACACUGAAUUUAAUAACUUUAUUGCUUAUCUUAUUAUAGAUGCAUCAAUAUCUGGUACUUUAGAUAUGCUUGAUGUUAUCAAACUUAAGAAAUUUGUUUAGCUUUUGGUUAUGGAUCGAUCAAUAUAUGAGAUGUCAGGUAAGUUUCAU